GCUUUUCUGAGUGCUUCUCCGGCAGAUCUAUGCCUUUACUAUUCCGCCGGGCAAUCCUCUGCUAAAAAAUAGUGGAGUGGGUAGGUAGGCUGCCAAGGCUGACCAAAUUUGCCUCCUCUAGGUAUUCUUUUUUUCGAGGUGACCAAUUCUUUUUUUUAAGUGUGCCACUGAAGACGUGAGUCAUUUGAAUGCAUGGUCUAACUGGAUUGGAACCUCCCGCUUUUAAAGAAGAUUUUUACAGGGCGUUAGUGGAGGAAUUUUGAAUUGUCUAUUGAAGAACUGACAUCAGGAUGUAAAUUGGGCUUUUUCUUCAAUUUUCACUCUAAGCCUUCUCAUAUACUUUAAAACAGAGCGGUGUCGAGGCUAAAUGUUGUAAAAGGCGGUGGAGAGAGCUGCAAAAACCGCGGAAUCAUCUAUGGAAUAAUUUUUUUUUUUUUUUUUUUUUUUUUUUGUAGAAAUGCAAGGGAUUCCUUGGCUGUGUCAGGCAAGGUUACCAGGCUACUAUUUAAAAAGCCUUGCUGGACCAAGGAUCAUUCCCAGGGUUUCUUUUAACAUUACUGUCUGACAAAAAACCUGGAUAACGUGGACUCUAUCUGCAAAAUGAGUGUCUGUUUAAUUGAAUCAACCACAUGAGUAGCCUCUAAAUUGAGGUCACGUCAAGACUGGGAAGAAGACCAUUUCAAUAACCUCAUCUAGCUAAUAAAAGCUAGAUUAGUUUGUAUUUUAAUAAUCUGUCAUUGAGACACGACGACAAAAUGGAUAACAAGGUCUUUGCUCCAUUGCUGGAGGAAUUCAUGCUUACUCCUUUGGUCGCCUGGGUGAAGACAGUCGGACAAUUAUCUACCAAGGAUGGUAGUAAACUGUCGGAAUAUGUUGAAUUAGUGGACGGUGUAUAUCUGAACGAGAUCAUGCUGGAGAUAAAUCCUAAAGCCACUGUUCAGAGGACCAACAAGAAAGUGAACAAUGACUCCACUCUGCGGAUCCAAAAUCUCUCCAUCUUGAUUCGUCAGAUUAAGACAUACUACCAAGAAACUCUUCAGCAGCUGGUCAUGAUGCCCCUGCCCAACGUGCUGGUGCUGGGCAGAAAUCCUCUGAGCGAGCAAGGUCUGGAGGAGAUGAAGAAGAUGCUCUUGCUGUUGCUGGGUUGUGCGGUCCAGUGUGAGAAAAAAGAGGAAUACAUUGAGAGGAUCCAGACUCUGGACUUUGACACAAAAGCAGCCAUCGCCUCACACAUUCAGGAGGUCACCCACAACCAGGAGAACGUUCUGGACCUGCAGUGGCUGGAAGGCGGCGAGUCUCUCCCCGAGGACCUGGACUCCUUUUCCAGGAGCAUGGCGUUCCACCUCAAGCGCCUGGUGGACGAGCGCGACGACCAGCUGGAGACCAUCGUGGAGCUGACCCAGGAGAGGGACUGUGGGCAAUACUCCCCUCCAGCCCCAUAUGCUCAGUCUCCUGGCGACUCGCCCAGCAUGCGUCGCACCGAGAGCCGACAGCAUCUCUCUGUGGAGCUGGCCGAUGCUAAAGCAAAGAUCCGACGCAUCCGACAGGAGCUUGAGGAGAAGAGCGAGCAGUUGCUAGACUGCCGACAGGAACUGGAGAACAUGGAGUCUGAGCUGAAGAGGAUUCAGCAGGAGAACCUGCAGCUGCUGUCUGACGCACGCUCGGCAAGGGCCUACCGGGACGAACUGGACGCUCUGCGAGAGAAGGCCAUUAAAGUGGACAAGCUCGAGAGUGAAGUUGGCCGCUACAAGGAGAGACUACAUGACAUUGAGUUCUACAAAGCCAGGGUGGAGGAGCUGAAGGAGGACAACCAGGUGCUGCUGGAGACCAGCAUGCUGGAGGACCAGCUGGAGGGCAACCGAGCGCGCUCGGACAAGCUGCACGAGCUGGAGAAGGAGAACCUGCAGCUCAAGGCCAAGAUCCACGACAUGGAGAUGGAGCGGGACAUGGACCGUAAGCGCAUCGAGGAGCUGCUGGAGGAGAAUCUGACGCUGGAGAUGGCUCAGAAGCAGAGCAUGGAUGAGUCCCUGCACUUGGGCUGGGAGCUGGAGCAGCUCUCCAAGACGCCCGACCUCACAGAGGUACCUCAGAAGUCUCUGGGCCAUGAGGUGAACGAGUUGACGUCGAGCCGUCUGCUGAAGCUGGAGAAGGAGAACCAGGAGCUGCUGAAGACCGUGGAGGCGCUGAAGGGAGACGAGCCCGGCGAACGCCUCCGCAAGGCUGACCGUGAGGUCAACAGGCUCACACAGAGGCUGGAGCAGCUGGAGGCUGAGUUGCGUGUGGACAGGGAGAGCCUGCGGAACGCGGAGAACCUGAGUACAGACCUGAUGAAGGAGAAGGCCCAGCUGGAGAAGACCCUGGAGAUGCUGAGGGAGAACUCGGAGAGACAGGUGAAGGGGCUGGAGCAGGAGAACGAGCACCUGAACCAGACCGUUUCCUCCCUGCGGCAGCGCUCGCAGGUGGGCGCGGAGGCGCGCGUCAAGGACGUGGAGAAGGAGAACCGCGUCCUGCACGAGUCCAUCAAGGAGACCAGCGGCAAGCUCAACAAGCUGGAGUUCGAGCGCAAGCAGCUGCGCAAGGACGUGGAGCUGUACCGGGAGAAGGGCGAACGCGCCGAGGAGCUGGAGAUGGACAUGCAGCGGCUGGAGCGCGAGAACGAGACGCUGCAGAAGCGCCUGGCCUCACUGGGCAUCACCUGCGAGAGAGUGGAGGCGCUGGAGAAGGAGAACGCCGAGCUGGAGGCCGAGAGCCGCAAGCUGAAGAAGAAGGUGGACUCUCUGCGAGGGACGGCGUUCCAACUGGAGGCCCUGGAGAAGGAGAACGCGCAGCUGGACGAGGAGAACCUGGAGCUGCGGCGCGCGACGGAGAACCUCCGCUCGGUUGGCUCCAAGGCGGCGCAGCUGGAGAUGGAGAACCGCGAGCUGGAGAACGAGAGGAGCCAGCUGAAGCGAAGCCUGGAGCUCCUCAAGGCCUCGUCCAAGAAGAGCGAGCGUCUGGAGGCCAGCUACCAGGGCCUGGACACGGAGAACCAGCGGCUCCAGAAGGCGCUGGAGAACAGCAGCCGCAAGAUCCAGCAGCUGGAAGGGGAACUCCAGGACGUGGAGUCCGAGAACCAGAGCCUGCAGCGCAGCCUGGAGGAGCUGAAAAUCUCCAGCAAGCGCCUGGAGCAGCUCGAGCAGGAGAACAAGGUGCUGGAGCAGGAGAGCUCGCAGCUGGAGAAGGACAAGAAGCAGCUGGAGAAGGAGAACAAGAGGCUGAGGCAGCAAGCCGAGAUCAGGGACUCCAAGCUGGACGACGACAACCAGCGGAUCUCCCAUCUCGAGAAGGAGAAUCGGGUCCUCAACAAGGAAGUGACCACACUGAAAGACUCAUGCAACAGGGUCAAAGACCUGGAGAAGGAGAAUAAGGAGAUGGUCAAACAGGCCACCAUUGAUAAGAAGACACUGGUUACGUUGAGAGAGGAACUGGUGAGUGAGAAACUGAAGACCCAGCAGAUGAACAACGAUCUGGAGAAACUGACUCACGAACUGGAGAAAAUUGGCCUCAACAAGGAGCGUCUGCUGCAUGACGAACAGAGCUCUGAUGACCGGUACAAACUGUUGGAGUCCAAACUGGAGUCGACGCUCAAGUCCUCGCUGGAGAUCAAAGAGGAGAAGAUCGCCGCCCUGGAGGCCAGACUGCAGGAGUCCUCCAACCUCAAUCAGCAGCUACGGCAGGAGCUCAAAACAGUGAAAAAGAACUAUGAGGCCCUGCGCCAGAGGGAAGAGGAAGAGCGCAUGGUGCAGAGCUCGCCCUCUAGAGGCGGGGAGGACUCCCAGGUGGUCCACAAGUGGGAGAAGGAGAGCCAGGAGGCCACGCGGGAGCUGCUCAAGGUCAAGGAUCGCCUCAUCGAGGUCGAGAGGAAUAACGCCACCCUGCAGGCGGAGAAGCAGGCGCUGCGCUCGCAGCUGAAGCAGCUGGAGACCCAGAGCAGCAACCUGCAGGCGCAGAUCCUGGCCCUGCAGCGGCAGACGGCCUCCCUGCAGGAGAACAACACCACCCUGCAGACCCAGAACGCCAAGCUACAGGUGGAGAACUCGACGCUGAACUCCCAGAGUGGCGCGCUGAUGGCUCAGACGGCGCAGCUGCAGAGCCAGCAGUCGAGCGCGGAGGGCGAGCGCGACGGGGCACUGCGCGAGCGCGAGGAGCUGCGCUCCACCUACGAGCAGCUGCUCCGCGACCACGAGAAGCUGGCCGCGCUGCACGAGCGGCAGGCGGCCGAGUACGAGGCCCUCAUCGGCAAACACGGCGGCCUCAAGAGCACCCACAAGAGCCUGGAGGUGCAGCACCGCGACCUGGAGGACAGGUACAACCAGCUGCUGAAGCAGAAGGACCAGUUGGAGGAGCUGGAGAAGGCCCUGAAGGUGGAACAGGAGAAAAUGCUGACCGAGAACAAGAACCACGAGGCCACCGCCGCCGAGUACCGCAAGCUGAAGGACGAGAAUGACCGGCUCAACCAGACGUACCAGCAGCUGGUGAAGGAGAACGAGGGCCUGCAGUCUGACCACAAGACCGUGAAGAGCCAGCUGAACGCCGCCAAGCUGGAGCAGACUCGUCUGGAGGCCGAGUUCUCCAAGCUCAAGGAGCAGUAUCAGCAGCUGGACAUCACCUCCACCAAACUGACCAAUCAGUGUGAGCUACUGAGCCAGCUGAAGGGGAACCUGGAGGAGGAGAACCGGCACCUGCUUGACCAGAUCCAGACCCUGAUGCUGCAGAACCGGACACUGUUGGAACAGACCAUGGAGAGCAAGGACCUGUUCCACGUGGAGCAACGACAAUACAUUGACAAACUGAACGAGCUGAGGAGACAGAAGGAGAAAUUGGAAGAGAAAAUAAUGGACCAGUACAAGUUCUACGACCCCUCGCCUCCACGCAGACGGGGCAACUGGAUCACCCUGAAGAUGAAGAAGUUGAUCAAGCCCAAGAGCCGCGAGCGCAUGCGCUCUCUGACCCUGACGCCCACGCGCUCCGAUUCCAGCGAGGGCUUCCUGUCCGUGCCACUGGACAGCCAGGACAGCUCGUCGAUAGGCUCCGGCUCCAACUCGCUCGACGACACGCUCACGCACAAGAGGAGCAACAGGAAGAGAAUGCAGCACACCCUAUCGCAGGGUUCCUCGACUGCCCUGAAGCGGCUGCCCUUUAUGAGGAACAGGCCCAAGGAGAAAGACAAAGUGAAGGCCAUCUACCGUCGGUCCAUGUCAAUGAACGACCUGCUCCAGACCAUGGCGCAGGCCGGGGGCCAGUGGGCCGGAAGCACCGACAACCUGGACGGCCCGGAGGAGUCAGCCCCGGCAGGCCAGCGCAUGAAGGAGCUGGGCUCCAUGGCCUACUCCACCAACGCCAUCAACUACGCCACCCUCAGCCUGCCCGCCGGACACAGGAGCAAGCAGAAGCUCAAAAACAAAGACAACGCUUCCUAUGAGGACGUCACCCCUACAUCCUCAGAGGACCCCAGUGGAACACGAGCACAAGGCCUGCAGCUCAUUAGCAGGGCCAAGGCGCUCUGUCCCUCCUCCUCCCUCGCCUCAUCCACCAUGUGCCGAGUCCCCUGUAACAUCUGUACCUCCAGACCCGCCCGUCUCCAUAGUAGCAGGACCACCAACACUAGCAUUAGCUAUAAUAACUCCUUCCCCUUCUCCUCGCCUUUCAGUGUCAAAGGCGCGGCGGUCAACGGCAACCUGAGCCGGCCACACAGCGAGAGCAGCGGCGAGUUCAGCCUGAGCCUGGACACGGAGAUGGGCUCCAGCGGCAGCAGCCCCGUCCAGCGGUCAACCCACCAGAGUCCACUGCAGCUACGCAAGGCCCCGGAUGCCUCGGCCGGCCAGGUCCGCAGCAGGAAGGCCGGGUCACUCGGCAGCGAGGUAGUCUCUCUGCAGCAGUUCCUGGAAGAGAGUGUAGAGCCGGCGGAGUCGGGCAGCCAGGAGAACCUGACGGUGGAUUCCCCGCGCCUGUCGGGUGGCACUGAGCACGUGCAGAAGGAACGCGUGAAGGGCCGGGGCAUCCUGCGCUCCUCCAGCGGCCGAGUGUCGAGCGCGGGCAGUGGAGACAGCAGCGCCGGUCAAUCGCGUACCAGCGGCACCGUCCGCCCCAGCCUGCGUAAGGCGGAGAGCACGCGGGUCAAGGGCUCAGCCGCUCCCCGGUCCAGCCUCUCGACACAGGGCAAGGCCGUGUCCGUGUGCGAGCGGCUCGACUCGGCGGCGUCCUCGGGGGCGUCCGGUGCCGGUCUGCCGCGCGCCAGCAGCGUCAUCUCCACGGCCGAGGGCACCACGCGCCGCACCAGCAUCCACGACCUGCUGUCCAAGGACAGCCGGCAGCCCGUCUCUGUCGACCCCUCGCCCAAGGUGACCGCCAAGGCGCCGCGGCCGCUUCCUGCCGGCGAGUCCAGUGAGUACCAGCACCAUCACCAGCCCUACCCCCUGCUGACCAAUCCACGCCCACACUCUCAGUCUCACGCGUCACCACAGUCCAGCACCUCUGCUGCCCCACUGCUGCCCAAGUCCGUCAGCAUGCCCUGCACAGGCCUCACCCCCGCCCUAGGCCCUGAGGAGCCAGAGCUGUCCAGCCUGCAGGCCUUCCUAGGGCCCUCGUUCACCGUAGAUUCCGUUUUCAUGGACUCCAUCUUUAGCGAGCCGGUGUUCACGGGCAGUGGUAAGAACCAGGCCAUUCUCUCCCUCAACACCUCGCUGGUCAGUAACAUCAGUGGGCCGCCCCCCAAAGCCAAUCCCAAAGCCGGCCAGCCUAACGGGCAGCUGAACUCCACCAACUUGGCCAAUUGUAAGCCAGAGGGGGAAGGCAAUGGUGCAGAUCAUGUGAUUGGCACUGACCAAUCGCCUCCUGUGAGCUCAGAUGACAGCCAAUCACUGUGGUAUGAGUAUGGCUGUGUGUAAAUGUGGGUGUGCUGCGGUACAAUGUUUUGUCCUGCUUCUUUCUUCAUUUCAGGUGCAACCUCUGCAUGAUUGCUUUAACCCAAUCAUGUUAUUUUUUUAAAAAUUAUUAUUAUUUUGUUGCCGUUGUCUUCCACUAUGUUUCCCUUACUUGAAGUUCACAACACUAUGCUUACCCUUUGGUUUGGUGUUUCUUUAAUUCAGUGGGUGUCCCCUCGACAAGCCUCUAACUGUUUAAUCAGUCUGUCUGAUCUGGUCUGUUCUGGCUUGUAUGGAAACUGUUCCCUGUUUGCAUGCAUGCCAUUGUAAACCCCCCGUUGGGUCCUGAGUGAUUCUCAAACCCCUUGUUCAUUUGUUCUUGUCUUUUUUCAUUUUUUUUUUCCUCUUCACAAUGUGUUUUGGUAUGAAUAUAAGCUUCUCACAAAUAACAGAAGUUACACAAGCACGUUAGAAACGGAGCAGAAGCAUUAAUAUUCCAAGUUCCCCUUAAUAUCACCCCUCUUGAAGCUCAUGUUGCCAAACUUAGCAGGAACUGUGCUACUUUGACAUUUAAAUUAAGCAAUUAGGCUUGUAGAACAAGUCCCUUGAUGGUAUGCCCUGCCCAAUGAAGGACUAUCUUGGAGCAUAUUGAACAGGCUAAAUAGCUUGUGAACUUUAGUUCUAAUCUAUGUAAUAUGACUUGGCCUUUUAGAAAAUUCAUUAUUAUUGAAAUACUCUUCCCAAACAUUUUGGUCAGCUUGUGUUUUGUGUCAUUGUUUUGUUUAGGUAUGUGGGAUGUGUAUCUUGUUCAAAAACCUUUUUCCCUCAUCUGAUACAUAAUUAACCUUUUCCACACAUUAUGCAAGGCUAAUACACAGCCUUUUCACUGCACUGCAUGGCUUCAGAAGGUCAUUGUGUUGAUCUUGACCCUCCAUUUUGAUUAACUUAAAUCAAAAUGAGUCAUUGUUAUUGUUCUUUGUGGGUUGUCCUGUUGGUCUGUUUGUUCCUUCCACUUCAGAUUCAGCGCAGUGUUGCGGUUGCACUUGAGCUGUCUGUGUUCUCAUAAAAUACAAUCAGUGUGGAGCAAUCAUUCAUACAAUGGCCUGGAUGCAGAGAAAGACACACACACACACACACACACACAAUCUAGUAAAACAUUUGAUAAAAGUGGUCGGUAAAAGUUGGAAUUCAUGAACAUGGCAAUUAUGCUGGCUGUACAAAAUGUUGUCUCAAGUGUUGAAUGUAUCAUUGGAGAGAACAUGGGGAAUCUUCCUUUUUUAUUUAUGAUGGCUCCCCUGUCUACACUUACAGGGAUUCUUGCGGCUUAAUUUGAAGAGCAGUUAGUGUUCAUUGCCAAAUACACGUUAACUUAAACAUAGUGAAUUCAGCUAGAAAUUGCGCUGACAGGAAAGCAGUAGCAGGUGAUUGUGUUCGUGUAGAUUGUGUAGCUGCUUUUUAUAUUUAUUUUAAAUUGUUCUCCGGCGUCAUUAAAUGCAACUUCUAUUUAUCGUGUACAUAUAAAAAUAUCUAUAAAAAACCUUUAGCGCUUUUUAUCCAGUUAAACUUUGACAUGCCUUUGUUCCGCAGAUGCGCAAGUGUCACAAGAGCGCAGAAAG